AUGGAUACUACCAUGAAUACCACCCAGAACACCGCUCCUGAGACCCCGGCUCCUCCUGCCAUCAUGAACCCCCCUGCUAUCGCCAAAAAGAACGGAAAGCAGGACAAGAAUGGCAAGCAGGAAAAGUCCGACAAGAAUGACCCUGGUCUCGGUCUCACUGCCAUCGACUACAAAGUCCUCGUCCUGGGAAUUGCCUGCACGAUCGAAGGAAAGAUCGACUUUGUCAGACUGGCUGACAAGGCAGGCUACACCCGAAACUCGGCCCAGGUCAUGCACGGCAAUGCCCGCCGCAAGUUGAUGAAGCUGCACGGUCCUAACGGAAACAACGGAAACAACGGUGCCUCACCUCCCAGCGAUGCUGAUGCUGACGACGAGGGUCCCGCGACCAAGAAGGCCAAGAAGGCCACUAAACCCCGCGCUGGCAAGUCUAGGAAGACACCCCCGGCACCAAAGAAUUCGCCUAAGACGACGCCCAAGACGACAUCCAAGCCCAAGCCGCGCAAGCGUAAGUCGGCUGGGCCCCCCGAGGAAUCUAAGGAGGCAAAGGAUGACAGCGCCAUCAGAAACGGAGACAGCUUCAGCGGUGACGAUGAAAAGCCUCCUAAGGAUUUCGAGCUGAGCGAUGUUGCUGCGGACACUGGCGCGGAGGACAACGGGGUUGCGAUGCCCGACGACGAAGUCCUUGCUGUCUUCGACAAGGAGGUUAGCAAUGACGCUGACGAUGACGAGGAGGAGGUUUAA